UGGCCAAUCCGAAGCGGCUUCGGCUUUCUGCGUGCGCCCACCUCCUCCUGUUCUGAAGCGGGUGGGGCGGCGGGGGGGCGGAGGAGGAGGACGCUUCAGCGGGUGCUGGGAAGAGUGCGAGCGGGGAAGAGGAGGGGAAGCUUGGCAGCUAGCUAGCUGGGGCUUCGGGUGCGCUCGCGGAGCCAGACGAGAAAGGCGGGCGCGGGACCCGGUGGUGCCUUCUCCUGCGCUUGCUUCUGGCUGCCCUUCGUUCCCCUCUUCCUCCUCUUCCUCCUCGCCGCCCUUCUGUCAAACAUGGCAGGGCUGAGCAGCGGCAUCUCCGGCUUCGGGCGUUGCAGCCACGCGGUGGUGCGGGCUCUGCCCGAGUCCCUGUGCCAGCACGCGCUGAGGCGAGACCAGGCGAAGGAGGUGGACUUCGCGCGCGCCGAGCGCGAGCACCAGCUCUACGUCGGGGUGCUGAAGAGCAAGCUGGGGCUGCAGGUGCUCGAGCUGCCCGCCGACGAGAGCCUGCCCGACUGCGUCUUCGUCGAGGACGUGGCCGUCGUGUGCGAGGAGACGGCUCUCCUCACGCGCCCGGGGGCGCCUAGCAGGAGGAAAGAGGUGGAAGCCAUGAAGAGAGCACUUGAAAGCCUCAAUCUGAACAUUGUAGAAAUGACAGAUGAACAAGCAACGUUAGAUGGAGGAGAUGUUUUAUUUACAGGUAGAGAGUUUUUUGUGGGCCUUUCAAAACGGACCAAUCGUCGUGGUGCAGAAAUUCUGGCAGACACCUUUAAGGACUAUGCUGUUUCCACAGUCCCCGUUUCGGAUUCCUUGCACCUGAAGAGUUUUUGCAGCAUGGCUGGGCCAAACCUCAUUGCUAUUGGUUCAAGUGAAGCUGCACAGAAAGCCCUCAAGACGAUGCAGCAGAUGAGUGACCACCGCUAUGACAAGCUUACAGUUCCUGACGACACUGCAGCAAACUGUGUAUAUUUAAAUAUUCCUGGCAAGGGACAUAUUUUGCUACACCGAGCCCCUGAAGAAUAUCCAGAAAGUGCGAAGGUGUUUGAAAAGCUGAAGGACCACAUGUUGAUCCCUAUAGCUAAUACAGAGCUGGAAAAAGUGGAUGGGGCACUCACUUGUUGUUCUGUUCUCAUUAACAAAACUUCACAGUUAUGAGUUUACAGACUCUGUCCCUUGUAAAUGGCAAUAACCUACGUGCAAGGCGAAUGAAUCUGUAUCCACUUUUAUCGGUUUUCUUGACAAUCUACUGAACCACUGUGCUACUAACCUUUGUUUACAAUGGUGCCCCUUCAGAUGGUAAUUAAGAUGUGUGUAUAUGCUUUUUUCUUAUGAUGUUAAAGGACUUUGCAGCAUGUUUGUCUGAGCUUACAGAGGACCAUUACAAUGAUUUGUGGUUAUACCAUUGGUGUGGAACCAGUAUGGAACCAACAGUAGUUCUAACGUUAUUUCUGACUAACUGAAAUUUUUAAGACCCCGUGUCUAAACCUCAUUUUACAACUCUGUCCCUCCACAUGGGCUGAACUACAAUUCCAAUCAGCCAGCCAGAAUCAUGGGAUAUGUAGGGCAACAACUACAACAGUAUCUGGAGGGCCGCAAUUGCCCAUACCUGCUUUAUAGUGAACAGAUUUAUAUCCAUUUUUGUAUAUUUGACUUCCAAGAGAUGCUUUAUUUAUUAUUUAUGUUUACAUUUAUAUCCCAGUGUUGUUUCAAGGAACCCAAGGCAGCACCCGUUGCUCUCUUCUUCCUCUUCCGAUCCAUCCUCACAACAAACCUGUGAGGUGAGUCAGACUCAGAGAGUAUGACUGGACAAAGUUAAUUUCAUUGCUGAAUGGGAGUUAGAGUCCUAAUUCAACCAUUUAACCACUACAUCAAUCUGACAAAGUUAUGUUGCAUUGGCCAGAAACUGAACUGAACCCUCUUGUAGAGCACAUGAGAAUUCUGCCAAUGAAACAGGGUUUCCAAACAAUGAAACAACCAUACGCCUUUGCACGGGCGUAUGGUUCAUUAGCAGAAACCCUAUAACUUUUUAGUGAGCCUCUUCUAAAAGCAGUUCUGCUAACAUGUUUUGUGGCCACCACAUGGUGAUGUAUCCUAACACCCUAGGUGUCAAGAGCCGAUGGUAGAUAGUUAGGGACUAUUUGGAUAACUCUUGUUAUUUCUGCUGUUGACUCUGUUGCAGGAAUCUUGUCCUGUGAUAGAGCUUCUCACUCCGUUUUCCAUUGAUCUGCCAUUGGUAUGUAUGAACUAAAAGAAUCAACAAAAUAUUUUAUAUUUAUUUUUUAAAACCCUAGUCAUUUGAAUUUUCACUCAGUAAGUUAGGCAUCUGACUGGGGAGCCAGAGGCUAGGAGUUCAGUGCUCCACUGGGCAUCCUAGAAAGGCCAACCUAUGUGGCUUUGGGUGAGCUGCACAGUCCCAGGAUGCCCCUAGAAAAAGGAAAUGAUAAUCCACUUUUGAGUACUUUCUCUCUAGAAACCCCUGGAAAGUGUGGCCAUGAGUCAGAAUUUAAGGUAUUUAUUAAAGAAGAGGAAUGGCAGAAGGAAGGGGCUUUUUAACACUGUCUCUCUGACUGAAGCAGCAUUUUGUUCACUGAUGAGAUGAUUUACUAUAUAAUUUUUUCUAACAUGAGUAGAAAAGCAGCUUCAGGAGGAUUUUGCAUGGGAAAAACCUUAGCAAAUCCUUCCCUGCUGUUCCUCCAUUCAAACUUCAAACUUUCCACAACAGUUUUUGGUUUACAAAAGAGGAUGGGUUGUUACAUGUGCCAGACUUGGGAUAUGACAGAAGGGGCUCAGAGUAAAACUCAUGCCUUUAGCAGCAGAUACAUAAGUAUUAAAAUGUUUUCAUUGGCUCAGAGAAGACAGUUACAUUUUUCUGACUGUUCCCCUUAACUUGGGAAUUGCUCAUAACAAUGUUUGCAUUAUCUGGGUUAGAUUAGUCUUUUGUCUACUUUUAAAAUGCAUCUGUUGGGGUUGAAAUCAACAUUUUUUCACACAUGAGGCGUAGAUCAGCCCUUGAUUCCACUAUUUUACAGGAACAUGAAAUCAACAUAGGGCAGAAGAGUUCUCAUUGUACUUCAAUGGGAAAUAACAUUGUUCUCAUUUAAAAUGCCUGUAGUCCGCCUUUCCCCCCUAUAUUAGUAACACUUCUGAAGCCAUUAAAAUGGCAUGAUAGAAGUUUAAAGGCCAUCCUAACAGCUUCAUAUGUGAAAAUGGUAACAGAAUGAACACAAAUAGCUGCCCUUAGCCCUGAGUAAUUCACAACAAUUCAGGAGCCAGCCCCAGUUUUAAUAAGGUCUGCUUUUUGAGUUUCCUUAUUCUUUUCUCUAUUUGGCUUCAUCUUUCACCCCAUUUUCUUCUCCCCCGCUUUCCUUCUUUGCUUUUCAUGGUUCUCACCCUCUUCCAGAGAGCCACUGGAAGGUGCAGUGGGAGGGAAUCAAGGAGAGAUUGAUUUCUUCAUUCAUUGGAAACUGAAGGGGAAAACAUUACCACAGUAGAGCAUUCAAAGGGGAUUUUAUUCUGGCAUUCCUGAAUUGCUGCAAGGCUUAAAGCACUUGCAAGUGUGUCCUAGAAACCCUUUACCCUUUUAUAUUGAGCAGAAAUUCAGGCAGCACAUAAAUAAGCCUUUUACAUCAGUCAUAUUCUAGAAAUUCACAUGUCUGUGUAAAUCUCCAACUUACUGUGCUGAUUGCCAUGUGGCUGGCCUUAACAAAUGAUGUUAAAAAUUUAUUCUUCAGACCUCACCUUCACCUGUUAUACUUUGCCUUUAUGAAUUGCUUGCUUGUUUGUUUGUAUUGAAAUGUAAUUUGAUAAAUAGAGUUCUUCUCUUCCGA